AGUUGGUUAAAUUCAGUGGUGAUGAGUUCUUCAACAUAUGAAAUAUUCCAAUAAUGAUGUUAUUAAUAUAUUUAUUGGGAAUCUGCUGGAUUUUAUAUCAACGAGUUAAUUCACAAACUCAUGUUCCUGCUUUGAACAUUCCUUCUAUUAUUCCAAAAACUCCACGAUUUAUAAACUAUGCUGUAAAACCUAUGGAAAAUUGGCCCUCAAACUUCAAUAAUGGAACGAAUAACAGACACAUUUUUGCUGAUUGGCUACUAAACGGUAAUUGGAGUGAAAAUGGGCGUCCGCAAAACUCCGAUAAAAAUACUGAAUAUCCUGGAUAUGAUGGUUGGUACAAUAACUUAGCUAGAGCCGAUUCUGGUGCUAUAGACACACCCUUAUUGAGACGAUGGCCAGCGGCUUACCAGGAUGGUACUUAUCUUCCGUCUGGUUAUGAUAGACCAAAUCCAUUGGACUUGAGUGAGCAGUUACUUAGUGGAGAUAUUGGACAAAUUUCAAAGUAUGGGACAAAUGCUUUACUUGUAUUUUUUGGUCAGCAAGUGGUAGAGGAAAUUUUAGAUGCGCAAAGACCCGCGUGUCCACCUGAAUAUUUUAAUAUACCAAUACCUGAGGGGCACAAAUUUAGAACACAUCCAAAUCAUUCCAUGCUUCCCCUACUGAGAACCCGUUUUGAUAUGAAUAGUGGUUAUAACCCUAAUAAUCCACGUCAACAAUUAAAUGAAAUUACACCUUAUAUAGACGGGGGAUUGUUCUAUGGAAUUUCUAAGCAGUGGUCUGAUCAACUGAGAACAUAUUCCAAUGGGACGAAGGAUCCGAACGGACUGCUUGCAUCUUCUCACGACGGUUUAUUUCCAGAAUAUAAUACAGACAGACUACCUAUGGCUAAUCCUCCUCCACCAUUUUAUCACGGGCACUAUGUUAAAAAUCACGAAACAGCAAAAGUUAGCAGAUUUUUCAAAUUAGGCAAUCCUCGUGGCAAUGAAAAUGCAUUUCUUCUUACUUUUGGAGUGAUGUGGUUCCGUUGGCACAACUAUUUAGCCAAAAGAAUACGUUUUCAUCAUCCAAAUUGGUCAUCUGACAAAAUUUUUAACGAAGCGAGGAAAUGGGUUAUAGCAACACAACAGCGAAUAUAUGUUUACGAAUGGCUGCCUGUUUUUUUAAACAAUAAUAUACUGUCUGAAUAUAAAGGAUAUGAUAUCAGCGUAAACCCACAAAUAGAUCAGUUUUUCCAGUCAGCUGCCUUCAGAUUUGGACAUACUUUAGUGGUUCCUGGGGUAUAUCUAAGAGAUUAUGUAAGAAAUGGAUGCAAAACAAAAUUUAAUAACUGGAAACAAAAUGCAAUUAGAACUUGUAAUAUAUAUUGGAGACCACAAGAACCCAUACUUACUAAAGCUGACGAUAAUGAAACAUUGAUAGAUAUAGAUAGAAUUCUAAUGGGUAUGUCAGUACAGUUAUCGGAACGAGACGAUCAUACAAUUGUUGAAGAUUUAAGAGGUAAUGUUUUCGGACCUCUAGAAUUCCCUAGAAGAGAUUUGAUGGCUAUCAAUAUUCAAAGAGGACGGGAUCAUGGACUACCUGAUUUUAAUUCUGCUAGAAAAGCUUAUGGAUUGCGUCCUUACAAAUCGUUUUCUGAUUUCGCAUUUAUAUCUGUAGAUACUAGGAAUAAACUCAAAAAGCUAUACAAUAAUGAUAUAAAUAAAAUAGAUGUAUGGAUUGGGGGUAUCUUAGAAACAGAUAUAGGACCAGGUCAACUAUUCAAAACUAUAAUAAAGGAUCAAUUUGAAAGAAUCAGAAAUGGUGAUAGAUUUUGGUUUGAAAAUAAAGAGAAUGGCUUAUUUGCUGAAAAUGAAAUAGCAAGGAUACGUAAUGUGUCAUUAUAUGAUAUAAUUAUGGCCGUUACAAAAAUGGAUGAACAUGACAUCCCGAAGCACCCGUUUAGAGCAGCAACGAUGUCAGAUGAAAAAUUACGUAAAGGAUGCCGUUUAAAUUCUACGAAUGAAAAAUAUUGGCAUUUGUCUCCACUAAAUGCUAAAGAUUUAAAUGAAAAUUGCACACAACCCGAUUCUUAUGAUUAUUUUUUUAAUAGUGAACUCAGUUAUAUUCUUAGUUUUGUGGGUAUUUCAACGUUAAUUGUUGGAAUUGCUGGCUUUGCAUAUCUUCUGAUUGUACUUGCUGAAAAAGAAAGGAUGAGGACUACUGCUAAAGAGAAUGAAAACAAAAGGAAAACUAUUAAAAGUGACCAGUCCCAAGUAAACUGGCCAUUAUUUAUAGUUACUGAAUGGGUUGGACCUAAGCAACCACAGCGAGAAAUAAUCUUGUCUUUCAAAGUAAGUUUGAAAAAAAUUUGUGUCACUUGCUUCAAUGGAACAACGCUACGAGCUAUAGAUUUCUCAGAUGGUGUGACAAAUGUUGUAAUUUAUUAUAUUACUGACAAAUAUACUGUAGUUCUGAAUACUAAACACAAUUAUGAUUUGGUCAUAACUUUCGAAUCAGGUUUUCUUAGGAACAAUUUUCUGACAGAGUUUGAUAACCAUUUCGUACGAACUCAAAUUGUGAAAAAAGAGAUGGUGGAGUUAAGUUGGAAUGCUGCAUUAAAAGUUAUCAUAACUAAAAAUAAUCGUCAAGUCAGACUGGAAAUGUUCUUCCGAGUAGUGUUUGCGCAAGCUUUCCAUAUAAAUCAUUCCCAUGCUGAAAUACUCAAAGUAGAUGCUGAUGUGGCGAAAGAAGUUGUAGAUACUGAACUUACUAUUACUGAAUUUGCAGAUUCUUUAAGUAUGGUACCUACUAACGAAUUUAUUAGAAGAAUGUUCACACUCAUAGAUAAAGAUAAAAAUGGUUUCAUUUCCUUCAGAGAAUUUGUUGAUUUGUUAAUAAUUUUUGCAAAUGGAACAGAGGAACAAAAAGCUAAAUUACUUUUUGACAUGUAUGACAUUAACGGUCUUGGGUAUUUAAAGAAAAAUGAUUUCAUUGCGAUGAUAAAAUCAUUCCUGGAAACCUGUGGAGGGUCGAUAGAAGAUAAAGAUUUACAAAAAACUGUUUCAUCUAUGCUGAAGAACGCUGGAGUAGAGAGUAAAAAAAAAUUAAGCUUUGAGGAUUUCAAGAGAAUUAUUGGAGACGACAUUAAAAAUUUGAAUACAGCAAAAUUGGGUUUCAAAGGCAUUGAAAAUUCUAAGCCAACAUACUUAUCAAGAGCCAAAAACACAAUUGAAAGUAUUUACGGGAGUCCGCAAGAAAUUGAAACAAGAUUCAAAGGCCAACAUAUGAGAAAUGAGCCAGAAACAAGAAAUGAUGCUAAAAUAAUAGACGAAAAUCAGGCAGAAAUAAUUAGAGCACAUCCAAAGGCAACACCUGUAAUAAGUAAUAAGUUAUCAAUUGCAUUGAAAUUUAUGGAAUUAAAAUCUAAAGAAAUUUUUUGGAUGACACUGUACACGUUAGUUCUAUUAGCUAUAUUCGCAGAAAGAGCUUAUUACUAUUCAGUAGAACGAGAACAUAGUGGUUUGAGGCAAAUAGCAGGUUAUGGUGUAACAAUUACAAGAGGAGCAGCAUCUGCCAUGAUGUUUGCGUAUUCAUCUUUAUUGGUAACCAUGUGCAGGAACACUAUCACCUAUUUGAGAGACACUGUUGCUAGCAAAUAUUUUCCUUUCGAUGCUUCACUAGAUUUUCAUAAAUAUAUUGCAUAUUGGGCAUUUAUAUUUACAGUUCUGCAUAUCGUCGGCCAUGCUUUCAAUUUUUAUCACAUUUCAACACAACCAGCAGAUGAUCUUACAUGCUUAUUUAGAAACUAUUUCCAUUCAACACAUGAGCUUCCUAAAUUUCAUUAUUGGUGUUGGUACACUAUGACGGGCUUUACUGGAGUGGUAGUAACAAUCAUUUGGGCUAUUAUGUACUGUUUUGCAUUACCCAUUAUUAGAAGAAAGAUAUAUAAUUGGUUUUGGUACACUCACAGUUUGUAUCCUCUAUUUUUCAUAUUUCUAAUCCUACACGGUUCCGGUAGAUUGAUUCAGGCUCCGUUUUUCUCUUAUUUCUUACUUGGACCUGUCAUACUCUUCACGAUUGAUACUGUUAUUAGCAUGAGCAGAAAAAAGAUAGAAAUACCAGUCAUACGAGCUUGUAUUCUUCCCUCAAAUGUUACAAUGCUCGAGUUUCACAAACCAGAAAAUUUUGAAUACAAAGCAGGACAAUGGGUUAGGUUGGCAUGUAUUGGUCUCAAUAAGAAUGAGUAUCAUCCAUUCACGUUGUCUUCUGCUCCAGACGAGGAUUAUUUAACAGUUCAUAUUCGAGCAGUGGGACCUUGGACUAAACUUAUAAGAACCAUAUAUGAUAAUUCUUUAACUACCAAUAAUAAACUACCCAAACUAUAUUUGGAUGGACCAUAUGGAGAAGGACAUCAGAAUUGGAAUACGUACGAUGUAGCAAUUUUAAUUGGUGGUGGUAUUGGUGUGACACCAUUUGCAAGUAUUCUGAAAGAUAUUGCUUAUAGAUCCAAUAAAACAAGAACGCAUUGUCAGAAGGUAUACUUUAUUUGGGUUUCAAGAACUCAGAAACAAUUUGAAUGGUUAGUAGAUAUAAUAAGAGAAGUUGAAGAGAAAGAUGUGAAACAACUGUUGAGUAUUCACAUUUUCAUUACGCAGUUCUAUGAGAAAUUUGAUUUACGAACAAUCCUUUUAUAUAUCUGUGAACGCCAUUAUCAAAGAGUAUGUAAUAAAUCGUUAUUUACCAAUUUGAGAGCUGUCACCCAUUUUGGAAGACCUUCUUUUAUCCAAUUCUUUAAAACUGUGCAGUAUAUACACACGGCGGCUCAACGCAUUGGUGUAUUUAGCUGUGGACCACCAUCUAUGACAUCAGCUGUAGAUUCCGCUUGUGGCAGAAUAAAUCUACAGAGUGAACAAAAGUUCGAACACUUCUACAAUAAUUUUUAAUACUAAUGAAUAUUAUUGAAAAUUAUUGAUAGCAUUUAUCAAAUAAAAAUAUCAAAUGUAAGCAAAAAUUAAAAUAUAUGUUCUAUGCAA